UUCAUUUUAUGAUAUAUUUGGUGUUAUCACGAUCUAAGUCGUUUAGGUGGAUGGAAACAGCUUAUGCAUGUCCGCACGAUCUUUUGUAAAAGCGAUAAUGCGAGCAAUACGAGUGACAGAGUUUGGAAGCCCAGAGGUUUUAAAACUUGAAACAAACGUUUCCGUGCCAAAACCUUCCAACGAUCAGGUUCUAAUAAAAGUCCAUGCUGCUGGAAUUAAUCCAGUAGAUACAUAUAUAAGAUCAGGGACAUAUGCUGCAAAGCCUACCCUGCCUUACACCCCCGGGAAAGAUGUUGCAGGGGUUGUGGAGGAUGUGGGAUCCAAUGUUAGACACUUGAAGAAAGGAGACAGGGUGUACACUAUGUCAGCGACCUCUGGUGGUUAUGCUGAGUAUUGCACAGCAGCGUCCGCUGACACCAAACUUCUCCAUAGUAACCUGACGUAUGAGCAGGGAGCUGGUAUUGGGGUUCCCUACUAUACAGCAUACAGAGCUCUUAUGAUCGUAGGAAGAGCUAAACCCGGAGAAACAGUCCUAAUACAUGGAGCUAGUGGCGCGGUUGGUUUAGCUUGUGUGCAGAUUGCACAUUCCAGGGGACUGCGUGUCUUAGGAACAGCUGGAAGUCAGGCUGGCCUCGACUUAAUCACACGGAACGGAUGUGACGCUGUUUUCUGUCACAGAGACGAAGGAUAUGCAACAAAAAUCAUGGAAGCUACAAGUAGUAUUGGCCCACAUAUCAUCAUAGAAAUGUUGGCAAAUGUAAAUCUGGAAAGAGAUCUAACAAUGAUUGCAAAGAAAGGACGAAUUGUGGUGGUAGGUAACAGAGGCUCUGUGGAGAUCACUCCGCGGUUGGCCAUGCAGAAGGAAUGCAUUGUAACGGGAAUGCUUCUGUUUAACGCUUCACAGGGUGAAAUGGACGAAAUUGAUGCUGCUGUAGCUGCAGGGAUGAGGGAUGGAUGGAUAAAGCCACACAUAGGAAAGGUUUAUACAUUAGAUCAGGCACCAACGGCACACGAAGACGUCAUAAACAACAAAGGUGCACAGGGACGUCUCAUAUUCAAAGUUUCCUCAUAGUUAGGUGGUGUGAAACCACUUUGAUUCAUCUUUGUUAUCCUAGAAUGCUUCAUUGUAUGAGAGUUUGAUUGAAAUAAAAGCAUGUAAAGAAAUUGUAUGAUUUUA